UAUGAAUAAAUUCAUUAUUGCUUCUUGCAUCAUUGCUUUAACUUUUGCCUGGACCACUAGCACAUCAUAGUAAUGCUCUUGCAGCGAUUACCUUUUAGCUACUGAAUGCUAAAAUGGUUUUGGAUGCUUUUGGACAGGAUCUGCUUGUUAAAAUGUGGAUUGCUCAGCUUAAACAGCUAAUUGCUUAAAUUAUCCAACUGCAUGCUAUUUAAAUACAACUAGCAAUACUUGUCUAUCAUUUUCAUCAUGCAGCAAGUUAAGCGGAAAUAAUACUUAAUAAUGCUAAGCUUAAAAUUCAAGAUGUGCAAACGUAGCAGGAACUGGAACAACUUGUUCAGAUUUUUCAUGCACAUCAUUUAAUUCAACCACUUGCCCAUAAGGAUGUUUCCUUAAUGGAUAAACUUGCUCAAAUACUCCAACUUGUUCAUCUUAAACUGGAGCUAACUGUGCUUUACCUUAUUGUGCUCUUAAUGGAAACACCUGUCAAUAAGCAGUAUGUGCAAAUUACACAGCCGUAGGUUAACUUGCAUGCCUUUUUGUUAUGCCUUCAGCAUCAAGUGUUCAACCAUGCUAUUGGAAUUCUACAGCUUGCGUUGAUGCAUCAGGAGCCUCUAAUUUAAAUUCAUCAACCUCAUGCUUCAUCAAUACAUUGGGUGCUUAUCAUUGGUCAACAGCUAAUUUAACAGCUACAGAUGGAUCAUGCAAAUCAUGUUAUGGAGUGCUUUUAUAAAUUGUCUUUGCCAUCCUUUUAUUGUUGGCUUGAG